AUGGCGCGGUGUCACCUCUUCGCGCUCCUCGCGCUCCUCGCGAGUGCGCGCGCGUUCGAGUUCAUGCCCAGCGGCGAGAAGGAGCUGCUCAAGACGGACGGCGGCUGCGUCAAGAAGUGGGACCCGUCGGGCCCGCUGGAAUGCGCUGGGGUGGGUGCGGGCAAACUAGAGCUGGAGCCGAAAGGACUGGUUCUGCCCAAGUACUCCAACGAACCGCACCUGGCGUUCGUCGCAGAAGGGUGUGCGUGCGUGGGUCUGGUCGCCCCCUGGGGCCCCACCAAUCUGCGCAAGCUCAAGUGCGGCGAUGUGGUGGCCAUUCCAAAGGGGUGGGCGUUCUGGGCCUACAACGACGGCGACAAAAAGUUCAAGAUGAUCGCCGUGGCGGACCGCACGAUGACCCGCCAGAAGGAGCUGCUGAACCACACCGCGAGUUUCUUGCAAACCCUAGCUUUGGCGGGGGGUUUUGCUGGUAUUAAGGAGGACUUUGAGAGGGGUAUCUAA